AUGUCGGCCGGUCUCUAUGUCGAGGAAUACAAUGGCACCAUCCCAACGGGUGGUGACUCGCUCACCGAGGACUUGAAUGUCUACUAUGAGAGCGGUGAUUUCGCUUGGAUCAUGACAUCCUCUGCACUCGUGCUUCUCAUGAUUCCCGGUGUCGGGUUCUUCUACUCGGGUCUUGCUCGUCGCAAGUCUGCCCUUUCUCUGAUAUGGCUAUCGAUGAUGUCGGUGGCCCUGAUCAUGUUCCAAUGGUUCUUCUGGGGCUAUAGUUUGGCUUUUACACACACCGGAAACAACCCCUUCAUCGGUAACCUCGACAACUUUGGCCUCAAGGACACCCUUGCAGCCCCCUCGGUUGGUAGCUCAAAGGUCCCGGAUAUUCUCUUUUGUCUUUUCCAGGGCAUGUUCGCUGCCAUCACCCCUGCUCUCGCCAUUGGUGCUGCCGUUGAUCGUGCCCGCAUGCUUCCUUGCAUUGUGUUCAUGUUCAUCUGGUCUACCAUCGUUUACGAUCCCAUUGCUUACUGGACAUGGAACUCGACUGGUUGGUCCUUCAUCAUGGGUGGUCUCGAUUUCGCCGGUGGCACACCCGUCCACAUUUCCUCGGGUGCUGCCGCUCUCGCCUACUCUCUUAUGCUCGGCAAGCGAACUGGCUACUCCAAGGCUGCUGGUCUUCCUUACCGACCUCACAAUGUGACUCACGUCAUUCUCGGCACUGUGUUCCUGUGGGUAGGCUGGUUUGGUUUCAACGGCGGCUCUGCCCUUGCCGCUAACCUGCGUGCCGUUAUGGCCUGCAUGGUCACUCACAUUGCUGCCUCAGUCGGUGGCAUCACCUGGUCCAUUCUCGACUACCGUCUGGAGAAGAAGUGGUCUGCCGUUGGUUUCUGCUCUGGUGCUGUCGCCGGCCUUGUUGCCAUUACCCCUGGCUCUGGUUACGUUGCUCCCUGGGCUGCUGUUGUCUUCGGUGUGGUUGGUGGUGUUGGAUGCAAUCUUGCCACCAAGCUCAAGUUCUUGAUUGGCAUUGACGAUGCUCUUGAUAUCUUUGCUGUUCACGGCAUUGGUGGUAUCCUCGGCAACAUUUGCACUGCCUUCUUUGCUGCCGAUUACAUUACUCACCUCGAUGGCUUCAGCGUCAUCCCUGGUGGCUGGGUCAACCACAACUGGAUCCAGCUCGGCUAUCAGCUUGCCGACUCCGUCGCCGGCUUUUCGUACUCGUUCGUUAUGACUUGCCUGAUCCUGUUCCUCAUGAACUUGGUUCCUGGCUUGAGCCUUCGCGUUAGCCCCGAGGAGGAGGAGAUUGGUCUCGAUGAUGGCCAGCUUGGAGAGUUUGCCUACGACUACGUUGAGCUCCAGCGUCACACCAGUGAUAUCAGUGCGGGCGAGUCCUUCACUGCCGAGCACCACAGCCAGACUCUCAAGAAUGGCGAGAAGAGCCCUACCGAAACCGUCUAA